AUGGUCAAGAUAGAGUUUGCACCCUUGAAUAUCCCGCUCAACCGACGUUUACAGACAGCUGCAGUUCUUCAAUGGGUCUUCUGCUUUCUCUUUGGAGGUAACUGGUAGGCUACUGCGCACUUCCUCAUCUUCAGCAAAUCAUAACCAUGGUGGCCCAGGGUUGGGGUCAAAUCAAAUCACAACCAUGGUGGCCCAAGGUUGGGGUCAAAUCAAAUCAUAACCAUGGUGGCCCAGGGUUGGGGUCAAAUCAAAUCAGUGCUUGCUCAUGUGAUGGCCAUAUUUUUCCUCACGUCCAUCCUGUCCUGUCUGUCUAGCGCAGUGUUGUUUUUGUGUGUAUGUUGUGAUCGUGUUGAAUGGAUACUGGCACGUGGCUACACUGUAUGUCCUGUGGCUCUACCUGGACUGGGACACACCUCAGGCUGGGGGCCGCAGGUCUGACUGGGUACGUCACUGGACAUUGUGGAAACACUUCAGAGACUAUUUCCCCAUCCAUGUAAGUAGGCUUAUGAAGUUUUCUGGUUGUGUAGCCUAUGCAUUUAAUGAUGCAUGGAGGCCAACUAAUAUAAAGCCUCAUUAUUAUCAACAGUAAUAGGUUAUUACACCAUUCUUUGCAUAAUUUAGACCAGCCUGUGUGUAAAGACACUCAGAAUUGUUGGAUUAAUAAUAACACAAUUUGUAUUCAACAAUAACACAAUUUGUAUGCAAACGCCUAUUAACUGAAUGAUGAAAAUAUAAUUGAGGACGUUUGUCUCAAGGCAAGCAUGAUUGCUUACCCACUCUUUAUCCACUGCCCAUUGGUGUAUUAAUAGCUCAAAUAGGUCUAAGCAAUUGUAAAGUGGUCAUUGGCCAAUACAUCAUGGUGAUCCCAUGGCUAAAGGCCCAGCCCCCUGUCACAUUCACCCAUUCUGUGGAUGAGUUCCUGCCCGAACUACAUUGCUGAAGUAUGCCAGAUCUUACAAGGCCUGGAUACGUAUUUAACAUAUCAGCUAACCACAUCAUAUGACAUAACCAUCUGAUGCCCGACUGCACAGUCGAUGACGUAGCACACAACCAUUGGUUGACGCAAUGCAACAUCUGCGCAUCUAGUUGGGCAGGAACUCAACCUAUGUCUUAUCCAUUGUCCUCUCACUGUUCAUGUCUUGUCUGUGUCUGUGGUCAGCUGAUUAAGACAUGUGACCUGGACCCAGAGAGGAACUACCUGAUGUGGUUCCAUCCUCACGGAAUCCUGGUCGCCGGAGUGUUUGGGAAUUUCUGUACAGAAUACACAGGUGACUCCUUACCUGCAUACCCCCGGUGUCUGGUUCAGCUUCCCGUUCUUCCGGGAGUACCAUAUGUCCUUAGGUGAACCUUGUUAAGGAUUUAUUUAUGAACCAUAACCAUCAGAUGCAUUCCACCACAAUGCUUCUGGUCUUUCUCAUUUAAACACUAUCAGUGGGCUUUUAAGGUUAGGUAAAUACUGGAGUGCAUUUUGAAGGACCCAAACAUUACAUUUCAAGGUCCAAACAUUGUGUGGCACACUGUAGUGCAGUAUUAGUUUGUCAACAAUUAUUUCUUCAUUGUGGAUAUUGGAAGUCUUUUCAAAUAAAAGUUUUUUCCUGGCCCACAUUUGUUCUAAAUAUACUGUGCUGUACCUCCCCUAAGGGGUUGUAUCUUGUUCCAAGAAGAGUCUUACCCAUGUGUUGAGCCAGAAGGGAGGGGGCAAUGUGUCAAUCAUAGUGAUUGGUGGGACGGCAGAGUCCCUGGAGGCCAGGCCUGGGAGCCUUAUCCUGGAGGCCCUCAACAGGAAGGGCUUUGUCAAGAUUGCUCUCAGGUGUGGAUGAGUCUCUGUCUGGGCCUGGGUCCGCUUGUACACUUACAAAUGCAUCCUUCCUGCCUUAUUUGAUAUCAAUCUACUCAUCAUCUAUAACCAUCUCGUUUUAAAUCAAGUAUUAGAAAUGUUAAUGUUGACUGAAAUCUCCUCCGUAAGGGCCGUUACUGAAUGUACUGUAGGCCAUGAAGUGAACUAUGAAUCUUAACCCCAGGGCUUUAAUUGACAGAUGUGUUGAGAUGAAAGGAGGGGAAAGGAAAUGCACUGUAAUAUUUACAGUACACACACACACCUGCUAAAAUAACCGAUUUAUACCCUCCGCUCAGAGAUUUGAAAGAAUCAUUAAUUUGACUGGGCAUUUAGUUGUUAAAAACAGAACUAGGAUACACUCGGGUCAGAAGGAUUAUGGGUAGCCGCUCUACAUUCCAUUUUAGAUAGAUUGGUGUGAGCCGAGGAUGAGCUGGGUGUCACAGAUUCAGCCGAGGCUGCUCCUCCUCCUUGCUCGGGCAGGCUUCGGCGUUCGUCGUCGCCGGAGUACUAGCUGCUACCGAUCUAUGUUUCUGUGUUCUACUUGGUACCCAUUAUGUAUUGAUUACUUCUCUAUUUAACCCUCUGGCUCCCACUGUAUUUUGUGCGUGUUUGUUCAUGUUUGGUUGUCGUCUGGUGAGCGGGUUUGUUUCCUCCCUGCGUGGAGGUUAUGUUAUUUACGUUACCUACGAUUAAAGUACGUUUUCAAUUAGCUCUGUGUCCUGCGCCUGACUUCGUCCUACCGCAUCACACUGACAUCCUGACAGAAACACGCACCUUAAAUGGAGUCAGCAGGUACAUUAAUUUCGUCCGGAUCAAUGGAGGAACGUGUCCAACAGCAGGCGACCAUGAUCCAGACUCUCGGCACCGCAAUGGAGCGCGUGUUGAACACUAUGGAGCGAUGAGAGAGAGGUGGUUAUCCUACACCUCCUCCAACUACACCCCCACCCACACCGCUGUCCACCCCUUCGUCACCUGGGUCCAGUGGGAUUCGGCUCUCACUCCCGAGGGCAUACGAUGGUACAGCUGCCGGGUGCCAGGGUUUUCUGCUCCAGGUAGAGCUCUACCUGGCUACCAUCCACCCGGAUCCCUCGGGAUACGAGAGCGUGUCCGCCCUCAUCUCCUGUCUGUCGGGAAGAGCGCUCGAGUGGGCCAACCAUGCACAUUCCCCCCGAAUAUGCCGAUUUGGCUCUCGCCUUCUGUAAAAAGAAGGCGACUCAAUUACCAGCCCAUCCAGGUAGGCGCUGCACUUCCCCGGAGUCACGUGUAUCCCCUGUCACAGGAGGAGACGGCGGCUAUGGAAACAUAUGUCUCCGAAUCUCUGGGGCAGGGAUACAUUCGGCCAUCCACUUCACCUGUCUCCUCAAGUUUCUUUUUUGUGAAGAAGAAGGAUGGAGGUUUACGCCCGUGCAUUGACUACCGGGGUCUCAAUCAGAUCACUGUCAAGUACAGUUAUCCACUACCGCUCAUUGCUAGUAUGACGGAGUCAUUGCACGGGGCACGCUUCUUCACAAAAUUGGAUCUCAGGAGCGCGUACAACCUGGUGCGUAUCCGGAAGGGAGAUGAGUGGAAGACGGAAUUUAGUACCACAUCUGGGCACUAUGAGUACCUCGUCAUGCCGUACGGGUUGAUGAACGCUCCAUCAGUCUUCCAAUCCUUUGUAGAUUAGAUUUUCAGGGACCUGCACGGACAGGGUGUAGUGGUGUAUAUAGAUGAUAUUCUCAUAUACUCCGCUACACAAGCCGAGCAUGUGUCCCUGAUGCGCAAGGUGCUUGGUCGACUGUUGGAACAUGACCUGUACGUCAAGGCGGAGAAAUGUCUGUUCUUUCAAAAGUCAGUCUCAUUCCUAGGGCACCGCCUGUCCGCGCCAGGGGUGGAGAUGGAGAUUUACCGCAUUUCGGCCGUGCGUAUUUGGCCGACUCCAACCACGGUUAAGGAGGUGCAGCGAUUUUUUGGGUUUGCCAACUACUACCGGAGGUUUAUCCGGGGCUUUGGUCAGGUAGCGGCUCCCAUUACCUCCUUGCUGAAGGGGGACCGGUGCGCCUGCAGUGGUCAGCCGAGGCGGACAGGGCAUUUGGUCACCUGAAGGACCUGUUUACCUCGGCUCCGGUGCUGGCUCAUCCGGAUCCCUCCUUGGCAUUCACAGUAGAGGUGGACGCAUCCGAGGCUGGGAUAGGAGCUGUACUGUCUCAGCGCUUGGGUACGCCACCAAAACUCCGCCCCUGUGCUUUCUUUUCUCAGCCCGGCAGAGCGCAACUAUGAUGUGGGGGACCGGGAGCUGUUAGCUGUGGUUAAAGCUCUGAAAGUGUGGAGGCAUUGGCUUGAGGGAGCUAAACAACCUUUUCUCAUUUUGACUGACCAUCGCAAUCUGGAGUACAUCCGUGCCACGAGGAGAUUAAACCCUCGCCAGGCAAGGUGGGACAUGUUUUUCACUCAUUUUGUGUUCACACUUUCUUACAGACCAGGUUCCCAGAACGCUAAGGCAGACGCCCUGUCCCGACUGUAUGACACAGAGGAGAGGUCCAUUGAGCCCACUCCCAUACUUCCGGCGUCGUGUCUGGUGGAACCAGUGGUGUGGGAGGUUGACACGGACAUCGGGUGGGCGUUACGUACAGAGCCCACUCCCCCCCAGUGUCCAGAGGGUCAUAUGUACGUGCCGUUAGAGGUCCACGAUCGAUUGAUCUAUUGGGCUCACACGUCACCCUCCUCUGGUCAUCCUGGCAUCGGUCGGACAGUGCACUGUCUUAGUGGGAAAUACUGGCGGCCUACUUUAGCCAAGGAUGUGAGGGUUUGUGUUUCCUCCUGCUUGGUGUGCGCUCAGUGUAAGGCACCUAGACACCUGCCCAGAGGGAAAUUACAACCCCUCCCUGUUUCACAACGGCCGUGGUCCCCCCUAUCGGUGGAUUUCGUUACGGACCUUCCACCGUCACAAGGGAAUACCACGAUCCUGGACAUUGUGGAUCGGUUUUCUAAGUCCUGCAGUCUCAUUCCUAUGCCCGGUCUCCCUACGGCCCUACAGACUGCGGAGGCCCUAUUUACACGUCUUCCGGCACUACGGGGUACCUGAGGAUAUUGUAUCUGAUCAGGGUCCCCAGUUCACCUCAAGGGUCUUGAGGGCGUUCAUGGAAUGUCUGGGGAUCUCGUCAGCCUUACCACAGGGUUUCACCCCGAGAGUAAUUGGCAGGUGGAAAGAGUAAACCAGGAUGUGGGUAGGUUUCUGCGGUCCUAUUGCCAGGACCGGCCGGGGGAGUGGUCGGUUUUCAUCCCCUGGGCAGAGAUGGCCCAAAACUCCCUCCACCACUCCUCCACUAACCUGUCUCUAUUUCAGUGUGUACUAGGUUAUCAGCCGGUCCUGGCACCAUGGCAUCAUAGCCAGAUCGAGGCACCUGCGGUGGAUGAAUGGUUUCGGCGCUUGGAGGAGACCUGGAACGCUGCCCAUGUACGCCUGCAACGGGCCAUCAGGCGACAAAAGGCGAGUGCCGACCGAGGCCGGUGUCGGUGCACGGCUGGAGCCGCGCGUCAAGGGGGGGGGGGGGGGUACUGUCACGGAUUCAGCCGAGGCUGCUCCUCCUCCUUGCUCGGGCAGGCUUCGGCGUUUGUCGGCACCGGAGUACUAGCUGCUACCGAUCUAUGUUUCUGUGUUCUACUUGUCUUGUCUUUAUUGUUCACACCUGGUUCCCAUUAUGUAUUAAUUACUUCCCUAUUUAACCCUCUGGCUCCCACUGUAUUUUGUGCGUGUUUGUUCAUGUUUGGUUGUCGUCUGGUGAGCGGGUUUGUUUCCUUCCUGCGUGGUGGUUAUGUUAUUUACGUUACCUACGAGUAAAGUACAUUUUCGAUUAGCUCUGUGUCCUGCGCCUGACUUCGUCCUACCACAUCAAACUGACACCUUGACACUGGGAGUGAUGAGGGAGAUAGUGAGAGCAAUAAUGGCAGGAACAUAGAUUUUUUAGCAAAAAAAUUCCAAAAAGGAUCAGAUCACAUUGAAAUACAUUGAUUUUGCAAACAACCACAAAUGUCAAAUUAUGAGGCUGCAGUCAAACAUGGAAUUAUGCCGCUGGUAAAAAUUCGGACUUGUUCUCUCACCCUCUCCUGUGUGCAGGGCUCACCUGGUGCCAGUGUUCUCCUUUGGGCAGAAUUAUCUGUUUAAUCAACUAAAGAACACGAAGGGCUCCCUGGUCCGUACCAUCCAGGAGGGCAUGAGGAAGACCCUGGGCUUCAGCCUGCCUCUGUUCCACGCCCGGGGGGUCUUCCAGUAUAGCUUGGGCUUCAUGCCCUUCAGAUAACCUAUCUACACCAUCGGUGAGUGGGGGAUGGGGGACAAUGUGGGUGGAGAGUAAUGGGAAGAGAGAGGUGACGAGGAGGAAUAGAGACUAAAAUAUGACCCUUUUGUGUCUAUGGGGAAACAUUUUCCGAAAACUAUUUACAAACAACAUUCAGAAACAAUGUGCAGUCACAGUGCUCUGAUUGUAGGAAUUCUUCUAGUCAGCUAGUCAUCACCCAGAUGGCAAAAUGAAAGCUCACUGGGGGAGAGAGAGAACAGCCAACAUAUAUGAGAAACUGGUAAACUGGUUCAUAGGUGACUGUCUUAUGUGUAACUGUAACCGUGGCAGCAGCUGUGGUCAGCCAGGACAUCAUGACCAGCUGGAACAGAGCCGUCCACAGUGAAGGGUCACUGGGCUACAGCCAAUCAAAUCACCUCAGAGCUGUAAACUCAUGUGUCCUGUCCUCAGUCUUGCCCUCUGUUCCACUUCCUUAAUCUCUCCCCUCCCUUUCUUUCAAGUUCCUCCUCUGAGUCACUACAUUUUAACAUUCUGUAAUUCCUCUGCCUUUCCUUUUCUGCUCUAACUGAACCCUAUCUGUAUUUUUACUCUCUCUUUCUCCACUGCCUAUCUCUCUCUCCAUCUACCCUUGGCCAGUCUUUCAGUCCUUCCGUUCCCUUCCUCCCUCCAUCUCUUUCUCAGUGGGAGAGCCCAUAGUGGUGGAGAGGAAUGUGAGCCCCUCGUCAGCUGAGGUGGACAGGCUGCAUGGCUGUUACCUGGAGGCACUGGCUAAGCUGUUUGAGCAGGACAAGGCUGAGUACAGGCUCCAUUCACGACCAGCUCUUUCCUGCUGCUAA